AUGGAUCAAGACAAAAUCGACACCGCCCACCACCAACAUGUUAUCGACGACGAGACCAUCAAACACGCCGACCGCGCCGCCACUCUUGUAAAUGGCGAGCGCGUCCUCCUCACCGAGGAAGACUCCAAGCGCAUCUGUCGCAAGACUGACAAGCGCAUCCUCGUCGUCUUGAUGUGGGUUUAUUUCCUGCAGAUUGUCGACAAGACCGUGCUCGGGUACGGUGCCACUUUUGGUCUGCGUCAAGACACAGGCCUGACAGGCAGUCAGUAUUCGCUGGUUGGCUCGAUUGCGUCGAUGGCUCAAUUGGCGUGGCAGCCCAUGUCGUCGUAUCUGAUUGUACGAGUGCCGCAUCGCAUUUUAAUGCCUGCUCUUGUCCUUGGAUGGGGUGUUUCUGCGGCGUCGAUGGCUGCUUGCCACAAUUUCAGUGGAUUGCUGGCAACUCGUUUCUUCUUGGGCUUGUUUGAGGCUGGUUGUUUGCCGCUGUUUAGUGUCAUCACUGCUCAAUGGUAUCGACGAGCUGAGCAACCCUUAAGAGUCGCUCUGUGGUACGGAACAAACGGUAUCGGCAAUCUCUUUUCUGCUGCAUUGAGUGUCGGUCUUGCCCAUAUUCACUCGGACGUGCUGAGAUCAUGGCAAAUUAUCUUCCUCUUCGUUGGAUUACUCACCAUCGUCUCCGUACCUAUGAUCUUCUUGCUGCUCGACAAUGACAUCGCUUCCGCGCGCUUUCUCAACGAGGAAGAAAAGCGUAUGGCUGUCGAGCGUCUCCGAGCGAAUCAAACCGGUACUGGUAAUCGCGAGUACAAGUGGAAGCACGUGUGGGAAGCACUCCUCGAGCCCAAAACAUGGCUCUUCUUCUCUAUGAGUUUCUUGCUCAACGUCGGCGCCAGUGUUACCAAUAUCUUUGGCCCAUUGAUCUUGCAGGGCUUCGGAUUUGACUCUUACACUACUAGCUUGCUUAAUAUGCCAUUCGGCGUCAUGCAGACUUCGGUCAUUCUGGUCGCGUGCUACCUCGCUCAAAAGACAAGCAUCAAAGCCAGUAUUUUGCUCGCCUUGAUCGCCCCCGUCGUCGCCGGUCUGGCAAUCCUCUACGCCGUCCCCCACGCACACCACACCGCUGCCUUGCUCGUGGGCUACUAUCUAUUGGCAUUCCUCUUCGGCGGUAACCCUCUGAUCGUAUCCUGGAUCGUCGGAAACACCGGCGGCGCCACAAAACGCUCCUUCGUAGCCAGCGUCUACAACGCUGCUAGCAGCGCCGGCAACAUCGUCGGCCCUCUACUCUUCAAUUCCAAGGACGCACCCACCUACCACCCCGGUCUCCGCGACUGCCUCGCCAUCUUUAUCGCUCUGGUGGUCGUCGUCGCCCUGCAAUGGGUAAACCUGAUGUGGCUAAACAAGCGUCAAGAAAAGAAGCGCGUAGCAAACGGCAAGCCCGCCAAAAUGGUGGAUCAUUCCAUGCAGAAACACUACCAUGAUUUUGCAGAGGAUAACAAGACGGCUGGUAUGGUUGAGCAGAUUGAGCAGACCGAGCAGCCUAAGAUUGGUGCAAAUGGACUCGAAAUGCAGGAGGAGAUUGGCGAGAAAGCGUUUUUGGAUUUGACGGAUCGUCAAAAUGAUGAGUUUGUGUAUAUUUACUAG